AUGUGGCAGCUGAAGAAUGACUUUUAUUCAUUGUUUCAAAAGAGUAAAUUGGCUCCGAUUGAUGGAUUACGAUCAAUAUCAUGUUUAAUGAUUAUUGCGGUUCAUAUGAUCACACUUUUAAAUUUAUUUAUUACGCCUUAUCCUACUCAUGAAUGGGUGAUUUACAUGAAAACCUAUUCAUUUCGACUUUUAUCAUUAUUAGGAUUAGCAUUGGAAACAUUUUUUGUUCUAUCAGGGUUUCUUCUGACACUGAAAUGUAUUGAGCAAAAUUAUUUCUUAACUUGGAAAGGAUAUUUAUUUUAUAUAUUUCGACGAGCCUGUCGCUUUUGGCCAGGUAUUUUACUAAUUACUAUUGUAAUGCUAGUACUAGGUGAACCGAAAGGUAAUUGGAUGAGUUUUUGGUUAUUUUAUCAAAAUCAGAUUGAUUUAAAAUACUGGUCACCUGGUUAUGCUGCUCUUUGGAGUGUCAGUCUCGAUAUGCAAAUACAUAUAAUUUUGCCGAUCAUUUUAUAUAUAAUUCUUAGUUCUACGUCUAAUUAUCGACGAACUUACUCAGUGUUAUAUAUACUCGUGAUUUUAUCAAUCAUAUAUUCUCUAGUAGUCUUUAAUCCAAAAACUAUGAAUUUGACGACACUUCACUAUCGCUAUAAUACACUUGCAUUAUUUACGCCGCAACGGAUUUUCGAUUGGAUUGUUAGUGAAUAUAAUGUUACGUUGGGAUUCGAGAAAGCAAUUGAACCAAGUCCGAUGAAACCAUAUAUGGAAACGUUUUAUAUGCCGGUCACAGGAAGAUAUUCUAGUUUUGUCAUAGGAUCCAUUUUAGCAUUUAAUUUCAUGCAUGCCAAAAAUUCCAGUGUUAUUUUUUAUGGAAAGAUGAAAAAAUAUUUAUAUCUUACAUUGACUUCACUAUUAAUUUUCAUGUUGACGCAGAUAGUCGAACCUGAUGAAAUCAAUGACGUAAUUCUUACAAUCUCAUUAUCAAUUAUUCGACAAUUAUUUGCCGCAUCACAAGCAUUCAUUCUCUUCUGUGCUCUAUGCCCAUCUACUCAUCCCUAUCAUAGUUCACUGAUUCGAUCAUUUUUGUCGCUUCGUUUGUGGACACCAAUUGCUAAAUUAAGUUAUCUUGUGUACAUUCUUCAUUUUCGGAUCGGCUUAGAAUUGAUUAUGUCUAAUAGUAAUCUAUUUAAUUCUAAACAAACUUCAAUCGAUUGUUUAACCCUCAUAUGCCUUUUAUUGGUGCUCAUCAUAUGUCUCGUUCUAGCAGCUGUUUGGAACAUCUUCGUCGAAAAACCAUUUGAGCGCCUCAUCGAUAAAUUUCUGCCCAAGAAUGAAAAAGCUCAUAUAAAAUAA